AUGAUGAAAAGCGAUGAAGGUGUGAGUGGGAAUAGUAAUAAUAAUAAUAAUUAUAAAUUCAAAGAUAAUACAUUUAGAAAGUAUGGAGUUGAAGUUGUAGCAUAUGAUAAUAACAACAAUAAUAAUAAUAAUAAUAAUAAUAAUGAUGAUAAUAAUACAGUAACAGUGAAUUCAAGAGGAUUUCAUAUUUCAAUACAUCCAUUUUCAUUUAGAAAUAAAUUAACUAUUAAUCAAAAUAAUGGUAGUAUUGGAGGAUCAUCAUCAUCAUCAUCAACAUCAAAUUCAGUAUCAACACCAAAACCACAAUCAUUCUAUGUCGAUGAUGCAGGUAUUGCUAAACAAUUGAAUCAAUCUGUAUUUGAUAUCUUAUCAAGAUCACGUUAUUUAUCUUCAUUAUCACAUGAGAAUUUAGCUGAAUUCAUUGCUGCUGAACCUUCUCAAAAACAUCAUGAUCAAAUGUUAAUUGUUUCAGAAGACUAUAAGAAUUCAUUAGAGAAACAAAUAGAGAUACAAGCGAAAAGACAAACACCAAUCCCAUCCAAUACAAUCGGAAGAUAUGCUUAUCAAAUAUUGAAAGCAUUAUCAUAUUUACAUAGUCAAGAUUUAACUCAUAGAAGUUUAUCAUUGGAUAAUAUUAAAUUAGAUGAUAAUAAUCAAAUUAAAUUAACAAAUUAUGGACUUUAUUAUUUAUCAGAUCAUGGGGAGAAUGUAUCAUUCCCAAUUGGUAAUUUAUUAUAUCUUUCACCUGAAUCAAUAUUAAGAGGUGCAAAAGGAUCAUCAAAUACCAAAGCAGAUGUAUGGGCAUUAGGUUGUAUUUUAUUACAUAUUUGUUUAGGUUAUUGUAUUUGGCAAGAUAAUAAUCCAUCAAUUGUAACAAAUAGAAUAUUACAUUUAUCUGGUUAUUCAACAACUCAAUCUUUUAAUUCAAUUUCUAAAUCAUUUGAACAAUGUGAAUUAAAAAAAACAAUAAUAAAUGAAAAACAACAUGAAGAAUAUGAAGAAUAUGAUGAUGAUGAAGAUAUAAGUGAAGAAGAAAAGGAGAAAAGAAUUAAAGAUAUUAAAUUAAAUAAUAGAGAUAAUAUGAAUAAUUUUAUAAAUUCAUUAAAAAGAGAAGAAAAAGAAAAUAGUGAUAGUAAUAGUGGUAGUAGUAAUAGUAAUAUAGGUAUAGGAUUAAAUGGUUUAGGUAAAGAAUUAAUUGAAAUAAUUGAACAAUGUUUAAUACCAAAUCCAAUGGAUAGACCAGAUAGUGAAACAUUAUUAGAUCAUCCUUACUUUAAUGAAUAUAAAAAUAUUGAUCCAUAUCAAUUACAAUGGAUAAUUAAACCAUUUACAAAGAGUUGGGAUUUACCAGAUAGUUUAGAAUCUUUAACUUUAAAAGAGAUUGAAUCCUAUGGACAUAUUGGUAGUGAUAAUAAUGGUGGUGGUGGUGGUGGUGGUGGUGAAUCUGAUAGUGAUAUUUACUCUGGUAAAGAGAUUUAUUACUUUUGGAAAUUAUUAGGUGGUAAUAUUGAAAAGGAAUUAGUUAAUAAAGGAUUUGCAAAAGCAUCACCAUCGGUUCAUAAAUUACCAUUAUAUGUACCAGUUAAAGCCUCAUUAACUGAAUCAACUAAUAGUGGUUUAAAUUCACCACAACCCUAUCAACAUCAACAUCAUCAACAUCAACAUCAACAUCAACAUCCAAAUAUAAUUAAAUCAAAAAAUUCAACAGUAUAUAAUAAUGAAUUUUGUUUAGUUGAAUUAAGUAAUGUUUUUUUAAAAAUUAAAGAAUCAUUUAAAUUAUAUGGUAGUAAAGUUUUUGAAGAAGGUAUUGAACAAUCAAAUAAUAAUAAUAAUAAUAGAUUUAAUAAUAUUGAAAAUAAUAUUGAAUUACAAAUUAUAAUCAUUAGAGAAUUUCAUAAAUUAUUAUAUCAAUAUCAAUAUGAUGAUCCAACAUUAUCACAACCAAAGAUAUAUAGAUUAGCAAAAUUAUUUGUACCACCAAUUUUAAGAGGUGAUAUUUGGUCUUCGAUUUUAGGUGUAAAUGAAAGAGAAGCAAAACAAUUGUAUAAUAGUAUCAAUUUAGAUGUUAAAGGUCCAAAUGAUAAACAGUUUGAAUUGGAUAUACCAAGAUGUCACCAAUAUCAUCCAUUAUUAUCAUCAAGACAAGGUCAUGUACAAUUAUUCAAGAUUUUAAAGGCAUGGUCAUUAUUGAAUUUAGAGAAGGGUUGCUAUUGGCAAGGAUUGGAUAAUGUGGCUUCACCGUUUUUAGUACACCAUUUCUUUAAUGAACCAAUUGCAUUCGCUUCGUUGAAGGCUUUUGUUGACAAGUAUCUCUCCAUUCUUUAUGUGCCAAAUAACCAUGCUGCCCUAUCAGAGAUUAUGUUGAUCUAUCAACAACUAUUGGCUUAUCACGAUCCAGAGUUAUUGAAUCACUUGAUGGAUAUUCAAUUGGAUCCAAACCUUUAUUCAAUUCCUUGGUUUAUCACUGUGUUUGCUCAUAUCUUACCAAUUGAUAAAUUGGAGAUACUUUGGGACUCGAUUUUAUUAUGUCCUUCAAGUUUACCAAAUUUCAUUGCUGCCUCUAUGAUCAUCCAAUUCCGUGAUUCAAUUUUAAAGAUGAAUUUUGAAGAUGGUAUAACAAUGAUGUCCAUGAUUCCAUCGGUUGAUGUUCAUAAAUGUGUUUCCGACGCUUUAUCAAUGUUUAAUAAAACACCUCUAAGUACAACUGUCACUAAAUUCGUUUCAAAUACUGAUCAAGAGCUAUGGUGGAUGCAAGAAGUACCCUUUGAAAAAAGAAAAUUAGAAUUAUUCCCACGUAUUGAUAUUCAUGAUUUAAUCAAUGAUCAACAAAAGGUAAUACUAGAUAUUAGAACACCUUUACAAUUUCAACAAAUUCAUUAUCCUUCCUCUAUAAAUGUUAAUCCAAAGUUAUCCAAACUUCAGCAACAAAUGGAACAAUAUAAAGGUCAACAAAUUGUUGUAAUUGCCCCAAAAGAUCAAGGUGUAGAUUUCACAAAUCAAUUAAUUCAAUGGAAAUUCCCUUUUGUUUCAAUGUUAAAUGGUGGUAUGGAUUCUUUAGAACAUGGUGCUCAUAGUUUAUUAAUAAUUUCAAAUAAAAAUUAA